AUGAUUAAAACAAUUUUUGGUUUAUUUUUAGUUGCAGGUUAUACAUUGGGGAGUCAGUUACCAUACUAUGGGGAAGCUACUUAUAAUAAAGGUGCUGGUUCGGGGGUAUGUGGAAGAACUUUUGAUACAAAUAGUGAAGUAUUUGCUUCUUUGCCUUCUUCGUUUUGGAGUACUGGUUCGAAUAGCGACCCAUUGUGUAGUUCGAAAAUAAGAGUAAAAUAUAAUGGCAAAACUAUUGAUGUUCCAGUUCGUGAUAAAUGUACAAGAUGUUCAACAAAUGUAUUAAGCUUAAGUGCACCAGCAUUUAAGGAUCUUGUAGGUAGUUUAAAUGAUGGAAAUAUUGGAAUAUCAUGGGAGUUUAUAAAUGGUGGUAUGGGCGGUACAUCGGGGGGUUCAGGAGGUGGUAAUGGAGGUAAUGGAGGUACCUGUACAAGAAAAGCAAUAGUUGAUGCAGGUCAAGGUUGUUGGGAUGUAUGGACUACAAAAUGUGGAAAUAAAUGGAAUGAAAAUUUAUUCUAUCAAAUUAAUCCAGGUACAGUUUGCACUGCUCUUAAAAUUGGUCAAUCUUUAUGUUGUGAAGGAGGUGGUGGUUCUUCUCCAAGUUCUACAGGAGGUGGUUGCACUAGAAAAGCAACAGUUGAUGCAGGUCAAGGUUGUUGGGAUGUUUGGACAUCAAAAUGUCACAAUCAAUGGGAUGAAAAUUUAUUUUACCAAAAAAACCCUGGCACUGUUUGUACAGCUCUUGCAAUUGGACAAUCUUUAUGUUGUUAA